UUCUCGACUUUCUUUUCAAUCUACAGAGCUCAUUUCUCUCUUCUGGAUAUGGAGCAUUACUCCAUCAAUUCAUCUUCUGUUUCCAAGCCAAAAACAACACCCAAAGAAGAAGACGAUUCAGUCGAAGAAAGUGGCUGGACUGCUUAUUUUGUAGAUUCCUCAAACAGCAAUCAUCGUACUCAUGAUCACCGUCAUCACCAUCAGCAGCAAAGCAGUUAUUGUUCUAGUUUCGUUUGCGGUUCUUCUCUGGUCUCCGAUGCCGCGACGACCCGCCGAGGCGCUGCAUGGAAACCAUCCGACAAAGACAUCGAUCGUGAUCUUCACGUUUUUCCCGAAAAAGUUCGGUUCAAGAAAACAAGAACCAAAGAGAUUCGUGACGAAGAGGAUGAUUCUUUGGAGGAUACCGCAAGCUCACCUGUGAAUAGUCCCAAGGUCAGUGAUGACUGGAUAUCAAAUGAUAUGAAUCCCAGAAAGAGAGAAGAUCAAGCUGCCCUUAGUUCUCUGGGGAAGGACGGUGCAGAGAAUUGUUCAGACAUACACAUCGAAGAAGAAAACAAGCUGAGUUUUCAUGAUGGGAAGAACGAUUGUACAGAGAUAAGCAAAAGAGGGUUGCGCUUGGUUCCUUUCUCUAUGUUAGUUAACUAUAUCGGUUAAUAUCGGUAACCCGUCGGCACCAACGUUGUCUUCGACCGCAUUGUGUUUGUCGCGAUUACAUCGAUAACAACAAAAAUCGAGAUCGAAAAAUAACGAUCAUAGUAUCAUGUUGCGAUUUACGACCGUUAUUUUACUUGUA